CCUGUUCCUUCCUUUCUCCCCUUCAUUCCCUUUUGUUUCCUCACCCCAACUUCACUUCCUAACCCUCUUUCCCUGCCGUGACACGACAAUCUCUCUCCCUUGAGUCAUCCUUACUUCCCCACAACGUCCCCUAGCACUCUGACGUCUUUCCCCCUUCCUCCCCCCAGCUCUGACGGACACGGUCUUCUCACCCCUCUCGACCCUCCUCCUUUAUAAAGGGAUUUUCCUCUUUUUAAUCCACGAGCCCCCCGUCGCAGCCUCGGCACUCGGUGCACCGCCGGCACCGCGGGGGGGAAAGAGACGAUCCUGCCUUUGCGCCUUCGCUCCCCACGCCGAGGAGGGAAAAAAAAAAAAAAAAAAAAAAAAAAAAGCGGGCGGGGGCAAAGUCCCCCGCGGCUCAGCCCCGACACCGCCCCGCGGGAUGGGCGGCCGUGCCCCGUGGGCUGCGGGGCAGCGAGGCGGCGGAGCGCAGAGGUCUUAAUGAAAUAGCAAUCAAAGAAACAGUCAGGACUUCAGCAUGGCUUUCCAUGCGGAGGGGCUGGUGGCCAUCAUCGUGUUCUACCUGGCUAUCCUGGCAGUUGGGAUAUGGGCUGCUUGGAAAACCAAGAACACCGGCAGCGAGGGAGAUCGCAGCGAAGCUAUUAUAGUCGGCGGAAGAGACAUCGGCUUGCUAGUUGGUGGAUUUACAAUGACUGCCACAUGGGUUGGAGGAGGUUACAUCAAUGGGACAGCAGAAGCCGUGUAUGUCCCUGGCUAUGGUCUAGCUUGGGCUCAGGCACCUAUUGGAUAUUCCCUUAGUCUGAUUUUAGGUGGCCUUUUUUUUGCAAAACCUAUGCGAUCCAAAGGCUAUGUGACAAUGUUAGACCCUUUUCAGCAGCUUUAUGGAAAAAGGAUGGGAGGACUACUGUUUAUUCCAGCUUUAAUGGGAGAAAUGUUUUGGGCUGCUGCCAUCUUCUCUGCCUUAGGUGCCACUAUAAGUGUGAUCAUUGACAUUAAUGUCAACAUUUCAGUCAUUAUUUCUGCCCUGAUUGCAACUAUGUACACGCUUGUGGGUGGGCUUUAUUCUGUGGCCUACACUGAUGUAGUUCAGCUCUUCUGCAUCUUCCUGGGACUGUGGAUCAGCGUACCCUUUGCAAUGUCCCAUCCUGCAGUGACAGACAUUGGGUUCACAGCUGUGCACCAGGUGCACCAAGCACCUUGGCUUGGAUCUAUCAACUCACUUGACAUUUACACAUGGCUGGACAAUUUCCUUUUACUGACAUUAGGAGGAAUCCCAUGGCAAGCAUAUUUCCAGCGAGUUCUUUCCUCAUCUUCUGCCACAUAUGCUCAAGUUCUGUCAUUUCUGGCUGCUUUUGGGUGUCUUGUGAUGGCUCUUCCUGCAGUACUCAUUGGUGCAAUUGGAGCAUCUACAGCCUGGAAUGAGACUGAGUAUGGUGUCCAUGACCCCAUGACCGAAAAAGAAGCAGAUAUGAUUUUACCGAUUGUGCUCCAGUACCUUUGCCCAGUCUAUAUCUCGUUCUUUGGCCUCGGUGCUGUAUCUGCUGCUGUGAUGUCGUCAGCUGACUCUUCAAUUUUAUCAGCAAGUUCCAUGUUCGCUCGGAACAUAUACCAGCUUUCCUUUCGGCAAAAUGCUUCGGACAGGGAAAUCGUGUGGGUCAUGAGAAUCACUGUGUUUCUGUUUGGAGCAUCAGCAACAGCAAUGGCACUGCUAGCUUCAUCAGUAUAUGGCCUGUGGUACCUCAGCUCUGACCUUGUUUAUAUCAUCAUAUUCCCCCAGCUCCUGUGUGUGUUAUUUAUUAAAGGAACCAACACCUACGGUGCCAUUGCAGGAUACUUAUUUGGCCUCAUUCUCAGAAUAACUGGAGGAGAACCAUACCUCUACCUUCAGCCCUUGAUCUACUAUCCUGGCUGCUAUCCAGAUGAAAAUAAUAUCUAUAUCCAGCGAUUCCCAUUUAAAACACUUGCUAUGCUCACCUCCUUCUUUACUAACAUUAUAGUCUCCUACUUAGCCAAAUACUUAUUUGAGAGUGGGACUUUGCCACCAAAGCUGGACUUUCUUGAUGCUGUCGUUGCCAGGUACAGUAGAGAACACAUGGACAAAGCAACUCUUGUAAAAAGUGACAAUAUUGUAUUAAAUGAACUUGCACCUGUGAAUCCACGACACAGUCUAACUUUGAGCUCAACUUUCACAAACAAGGAAGCCUUCAAUUAUGUUGAUUCUAGUCCAGAGCUGUCCAACACUGAAGAUAAUUAAAAAAUCUGGUAGCCACAGACAAAGUCAUGUGAGGCAGGAUAUUCUACAAAGAAUAGUAAGAGGCAUUUUAUAAGAAGAAGAGCAAGAACUGGGAAUAAAAUGCCACUGCACAAUUCUUUAAGUUGUUUCUAUGAACAGGAGCAUCCUAUGGGAGGAACUCUUUUCUGUUAUUACCUAACAUGUUGGAUUAAAUCAUAGAGUGUUUACCAAAAGAUACACUCAGAUCCCAUUCUUUCCACCCAGAACUAUAUACCGUAUAAUUAAAAAAGUAUUUACAAUUGAAAAUAUAUGUAGCAGAAAAAAUGCAGCAGUUAUUUAACUAGGACUUCAUAUGAAGAGAUUAUAAUACAGUGACUCUGAAAUACUAUCUGUCAACAUUUUAUUGGCAUUAAGUGAAAAUAUAUUGUCACAGCUAUAAGUGAUUUAUUACUAAAGAGCUAGUUGCUUAAACAAAGACAGAUAGAUAACUUCCCUAGGGUUUUGGUCUGGUCAUUUUAUUCCUCUUAAAGAAAUUCAAAUAAUACAAAUCUAGUAUUUUAUUAUUUUUAUAAGACAGAAAAAUGCACAAAUAAUAAUAAAUUCCUUAUAGGAGUGCUAAACAUCAUAUACUAAUUAAAAAAGUUAAAAUGAAGUGACCAGUUUAAAAUUAUGUUAUACCUAAUACAAGAUGACCUUAAGCAAAGUAUGUUACUAUAGGUGUUCCUUUUUACUGUGGUUAGUGGCUGUCAUCAAUGGAGAAUAACAAAAAUUUUAAAGCAAUAAUUGGAGUUGAAACUCAGCUUGUAAAAAAUGACAGAACUCUUAUAAACGAAAUAGAACUUUUCAAUGUUGAGAAAAGAAACCUUAUCUUGACUUAUCAAAAUGAACACUAAGCAAAGCAGCCUGACAUGAAGUAACUGCAACAAUGGAAAAAAUAUUAAAAAGUAAGGAGAGUCAAGAAGGCUUGAAACAACAGAUGCGAAGGAUUUCCAUGGGGAAAAUUCCCAUUUUUCAGUUAAUAAAAAAAGUAUUCUCAAAGACAUCAAAAAAUCUUUUGGGUUGGUCUUGCUGGGAUUACUAUGGAAAGUUUAGAUUUUCCAUGGAAAAUCCCAUUUCCUCAAAAAUGAGAUUUCCCAUGGGGAAUACAGUCUCGCUGGAUGGUUUUCCACAUCUGUAAGUGUCUACCUCCAAAAGCAGCAGCAGCUCGGAGGGGAACUGAAAGGAAAGCCGAACCCACGGGCGUAGUGAGAGGCACGGCAGUGUCUUCCACUACAUGCUGGACUCCGUCACGGUGCCGUCGCGGUGACUCUGCGGAGCACCAGCAGCGGCCAGGAGCAGACGAGAUGCCAGUCGUGAAUGAGAACGCUGGCCAGAAGCAGCAAAGCAGGGAGAUGAGGCCUCUUCCGACUCUGCCCGGGCCAGCGGGGAACAUGCAAUGUCGUUUCCAUUUGCCCACAGCCGAGAUGAUUGUGUCUGUCCCCACUGGUACGUGCCUUUCACAGAGGGAGAUCCAAUAUCUAGAUUUCUGUACGAUUAAGAGUUCUGCUUUUUAAUAUCUACGCAUGAUGCAAAAUGUUCAACUGAAAUCCAGGUAUCCUCCUGUUGCUGGUCACCGGUGAAAUUUCUCCUUUAAUGUUCACAGCAUGAGGGGCUAUACUGGAGGAUAGGAGAUGUAAGAAUAGGUUUUGCUGCUAAAGGAAGAAGCCAUCAACUUGUGUAUUCAAUGUUGACAUAAACUCUUACAAGGUUGAAUCCUUAGACAUGUUUUUUGCUCCUUUUCUGGAGUUUUAACAGCAUAUAUCUAUUUUAUGCAUAGAGAAAAUUAAUUUUAGAGAUGUUGAUUGUUUUCUCCAUACACUGCGUUUAAAGAUAACACCGCAUCUCAGUUCUGAAUAUGCAUUUUGAACUAUGAUACUACUGUGCUAACAAAUAUUGAGUGUGCUCUGGGUGGAGGGAAUCAAAGUCAGAAUCUGCACCAAAAAAACAGAUGACCCAAUAUAGCAAAUACAUUAAAAAUUCCUACGGGGUGAGUGAACAAACCACUGAUGAAAUUCAGGGUGUGGAGGAUCUCACAAACUGGAUGCGAGCUCAGUGGUAUUCAUUCCCUCACGAUCCAUGGAACAGAGAAGAGGAAAGAGAUUGUAAUAAAUAAAGACAGGGGAGAACAGAGCCACCGCUGAAUUAUUAUCCAUUUCUGGCCCAAAUACACUAGCCUGAAUCCCUUAUUAUGAGAGAAUAUCGAGCCACAGUUUUGCCUGUUUACAUAGCCAAUGCUUUACACUGCAGUUCCAAAUUGUUAGAGGAUCUCAUUUUACAGCCACCUGUAAGUCUCCCUGAAAAUUUCCUCUUACUUUAGUUUUGUAUAGGAAUUGCUAGAAUUUUACUAUGAGAAGCUAGUGACCAGAUACCUUGCAUAUAGCAGCAUUUCUAUAUUAUUUAUUUCAAAAUUCCCAAUAAUAGGAGAAGAAGGAAAGGAGAAGGGGAUUCAGCUGGAUUCAUUUAAGAAAUUUUGAUUGAAAACUAAAAGUCUUUCCUUUUCCUUUGUAUUCCCAUGUUGCCAUGAAAACACGCAAGUUUUUUAAAUGCUCAAAAUUAGAAAGGUAUGUGAAAAAUUAAAAUGCGUUAGUCAAAAAAUUUCAAACCAGAUGCUUUCAAUAUUAUCAGAAUAUUUUAUACUGUCUAUCCUAUCAAUUAUUUUUCUGAAAUCACUGUGAUUUCACAAAGUAUUCCUGCUUAGAUGGAACUGUGCAUUCUCUAGUGGAAAGUGGUUCCAAGACAGUUUUCCAGUCCUCUCUUCAGACUGAAAGUUUAUUGCACUUUUACAAGUAGCUCACCGUGGAAGCUUUAUCAUGCAAAGGAGAUAAGCGGCACUGAAGACUCUUCAUCAUGCGACUGUGACUCUGCUGUCCACGUACCAAGUCUCUGCACGUGUCUGUGUGAGUCCAACAGCCGCUGCAGCGGUCGCGGUGGUGGGCUGGGCAGCGGGCAGGACGACUACAAAAGCCAGACCAAACAGCCCCAUACAAAGUCUGUUUACACGACUAUUGCCUUAGUUCAGCUAUCCUACCAUUAGAUUUAUACAAAGCCAUUCAUGUAACCAAAGGCCAUAUCUAUGAUUGAUAGCUGGGGGGAAAAAAAAAAAAAAGGAAAAAAAAAAGAUAACAAAAUACAAUCAAGUUACUUCCACAAGCGAAAUGCCAACAGGACAUUAUUCUUGCAGUAGACUUUAUUUUCAUGGGAAUCAUCAGAUGCUCCUUCUCCACUUGUGCAAUCUGUGGACAGUAGUACUGUGCACUAAAUUGGAUCUAUAAUCAGUGAAGCAAACAGCUUAUUUUCAGCCACUGAGGUUAUUGUUUCUAAGCCUACAAUUUCCAGAUAAAAUAUUCAUAUCACAAUCAUACAUUUUACUUUCAUAUUCUUAACAUUUGUAAAUAACACUUAUUUGACAGAGUUUUUUACUUCCUUUGCAUGAGAUGUGUUCAUAAAAUCAAGGUUAAUAACAUAGCUGAGAUGUCAAAAAAAGUUACAGUUUCAUCUAUAUUUGUCCAUAUGAGAUGGUCUAUGUAUUAUAAAUAAAACAUACUUUUGUGAACCUGAACUGAAUGUAAACAUUAAGUGGAUCAAAUAAAGUAAAAGAUUUAGUCUUUUAUUUUCAUAUAGUACAAUCUAGGAUUUCAAAUGUAAGUAUCAUAGGAAAAAACUGUUAUUCAUUUUUCCUUCUGCCCUUCAAGCAUAUUUGAUCAAGUACCACGUGCAGUUAGACAGUAAGUUAUUGUAAGUCUGCUGUUAAUCAGGGCAGUAUUUGUGGCUGUUGUUAAAAAAAAAAAAAAAAGUAUAUUUUUGUCUGUGUCAGAAAUGUUAUAUUAAGACUAUACGUAACAAAGCAGAUAGGAAGUAUAAUAUAGAUAUAUAUGUUUUAACUUUAUUUGUAUUGUAUUCAAUAGUGCCCAUGAAAUUCAGGAAAAUACUGUCUGGUUUUGGGUCUGUUUUGUCCAUCUAUUAAAAAUAAAGACGUUUAUUUUAUUACCA